AUGCCCGCCAUCCGCACCUCGAAGAACCGCAAGCCGCCUCCAGAUGGCUUCGACGACCUCGAAGACACCCUCCUCGAGUUCUCCAACAAGAUGAAAGACGCCGAAAACGCCAGCCACGAAGGCAAAAAGAAGCACGAAAUGCAAUGGCCCAUCUUCCAGAUCACGCAUCAACUUGGAAGAAGAAAAGACUACAUUCAAGCCCUUCAGGGCCCCAAAGGUUCCCGCUACAUCUACGACCUCUACUACGAAAAAGAGGCAAUAUCCCGGCAACUUUACGAUUGGCUCCUCAAGAACGGCUACGCCGACGCGAACCUCAUCGCGAAGUGGAAGAAGCAGGGUUAUGAGAAACUCUGCUGCUUGCGAUGUAUUCAGACCAAGGAGACGAAUUUCAACAGUACGUGUAUCUGUCGUGUGCCGAGGGAGCAGCUGAAGGAGGAUCAGGAGAUUCAGUGUGUCUCUUGUGGCUGCAUGGGAUGUGCUAGUAGUGAUUAG